CCACAAAAAUUUAGUUCGCGAUAAAUUUUAGAAUAGAGUGUAUGUUUUUUAUCGAAAAAUAAAACAUCUUGCGAUUUUUAAAUAUUUAGUUGAGAAGUAGAACGCAAAUUUGAUUCUAUUUUUAACCUCUGUAACUGGAUUUGUUUUGGAUAAUCUUGUGAAAUAGUGCUCUGUAGUUAAUGGACUCAGAAUAAUGACCAAAUUAGCUGGCACAAGACGUGCACGAAACCAGGCUACAUCACUAGCUAUACCUCGGCAAAACUCAAUUACUGAUAAUGGCAAGACUCGUCAAAAUUUAAGCCCAGAAGUACUGGCUUCUAUGAAUAAGGAGCAAUUGAGAGCAGAAUGCAGAAAAAGAGGUCAACGGACUACAGGAAACAAAAAUGAGCUGCUGGCCCGUCUCGGGUACUACAAACUGGCGGCGGCAGUGCAAGUAGAAACCGAACAACGCACGCGCAACGGAUUGCACCACACACAUCCGAAAGAGAUCAAGACUAAAGUCGUAUCAAUGGAUACAGACAGUUUCGUGCUAUGGAGGAAACCAUUUAUAACAAUAGAAUAUUUCUUUCGCGAACUCUUAAUAUUAUGCAACACAGGGUUACGGAGGUUAUUAGCAUAUAAAUUACUUGCAUUAGCAAUAGUGUUCUCUAUCUCCGGUACAGCUGUAUCGUAUUAUGUUAGUGGGCCACACCAACCUUAUGUACAGGAAGCAAUUCUGACACUAGCGUCGUGGGGUUGGUGGGUGAUACUCGGUGUAUGCAGUUCCGUGGGCCUCGGAACGGGCUUACACACGUUUCUCCUGUACCUCGGGCCGCACAUAGCGCGCGUCACGCUCGCGGCGUACGAAUGCGGCGGCCUCAACUUCCCAUCCCCACCGUACCCUAACGACAUAAUAUGUCCCGAAGAAAUCGACCCAACGUACGUGGUGUCGAUAUGGAACAUAAUGGCCAAGGUGCGCAUCGAGUCCAUGAUGUGGGGCGUGGGCACGGCGCUGGGGGAGCUGCCCCCCUACUUCAUGGCGCGGGCGGCGCGGCUCUCGGGGGGGAGCGUGGCCGAGCUCACGGAGAAAGACGACUCCAGGACUGGCAGGGCAAAAGUGAUGGUGCAGAGGCUAGUGCAGCGGGUCGGCUUCGCCGGCAUCCUGGCGUGCGCGUCCAUCCCCAACCCGCUGUUCGACCUGGCGGGGCUCACGUGCGGACACUUCCUCGUGCCCUUCUGGACUUUCUUCGGAGCGACGGUGCUGGGAAAGGCCGUGAUCAAAAUGCACAUUCAGAAGAUGUUCGUCAUCGUCGCGUUUAAUGAAACGCUUGUCGGACAAGCUCUGUCGUGGGUGGAGAGAAUACCGUACAUCGGGCCUAAACUCGAAGCACCAUUAUUGGAGUUUUUGCGUAACCAAAAAGCGCGCUUACAUAAAAACGAUUCGUCCUCGUUACCAGAGAACCAAGGCUCAAUUCUAUCUAGUCUUCUAGAAAAAUUCGUAUUGGCUAUGGUCCUAUACUUUGUGGUGUCGAUAGUGAAUGCGCUCGCUCAGAACUACAGUAAACGGGUGGGUAAGAAGAAGGGCAAGAAGAAGGAAUAGGGGUUGAAGACGCCGAGUCACGUCAUCGGCGGUCUAGCGCGACGGCUGUCAGACACCAGAGCGCGCCCGCGGUAGUACAGGAUCAUCGCACGAACAUUUGUGUUUAAAGUGAAACGUAUACCCAGCGGACGUUACACACGUGUGAGAUGCCUUAGCUAACACCUUGUCCAGGGAUUUUAUUGCUAAAUAGUCUUAAGUAUGUAGUAAAUUGAUAUAAAAGACGUUGAUUUACUGAAGUGCGGGGCGUUUAGCGGUGUAAAGCGGUUGAAUUGAGCUUUUUUGAAUAUUAGCUAAUUUAUAUGACGUGAGGAGUACCCACAUACUUAAUAUUAAUUAAUAUAAAAAUAAUAAUAAUAAUUUUUCAAGAUUUUAAGCAGAAAGCAUUAAUUCCUCAUCAUCAUUCUUAUUAUUAGAAUAAAAUUUAAAAAUAAAUCUACAUAUUAGUCGAUAGGUAAUUAAGUAAAAUUUUAGAUGUUU